CGUGGGGAUUUCGCAGAAACCCAAAAUUUUGAGCUGAUUUUUUCCCCAUCUUUUUUCUUCUUUUGAGGUGAUAUUUUGUAAGACUACCUUACUGAUAGAAACUGCUUAAGUUCUGGAUCAAUGCUCCAGACACUAUCUACAGCGUCACUGUCAUGGAAUCCGUCUCAGAGGAGUGCAUAUUUAGAUAUCAUGGAACUUCAGGCAUCUCAAUUAUCAUCCCGGAAUCGGUGCCCUUUUCAUUUGAAGUUUGAGAGCAAAUGGGUUCAGAAAGGUCUGGCACUUGUUUCAGAAACUUCCCCGUAUGCCUGUCAGAGGUCUAGAGACUCUAGAGAGAACCCCGUUGGCAAGAAGCCAAGCGUAUAUCCCCAAAAUGUGGAUCUUCCACCAGUACUGCCUACGAAAAAGAAGAAACCUUAUCCUAUUCCUUUUAAAGAGAUCCAAAGAGCUGCGAGGAAGGAUAAGAAACUUGCUGAGAGGGGGAUCGAGAAGCUACUUGAGCCUCCAGAAAAUGGAUUACUUGUUCCUGAACUUAUUCCUGUCGCACACGAGGUGCUAGAUGCAUGGAAAGUCUUGAUUAAAGGCCUUGCACAGCUUUUGCAUGUCAUUCCUGUUUAUGGUUGCAGUGAGUGCUCUGAAGUUCAUGUGGCUUAUAGUGGUCAUAAAAUUCAGGACUGCAAAGGUCCAACUAGCUCAAAACGCCAUGGUUUACAUGCAUGGGUGAAAGGUUCCGUCAAUGACAUUCUUAUUCCCAUAGAGUCAUAUCACCUUUAUGAUCCUUUUGGCCGGCGCAUCAAGCACGAAACACGGUUUGAUUAUGAUAGGAUUCCAGCUGUUGUGGAGCUCUGUAUCCAAGCUGGUGUCAACAUCCCAGAAUAUCCUUCACGACGAAGAACAAAUCCCAUCAGGAUGAUGGGAAAGAAAGUAAUCGAUCGUGGUGGAUACAUUGAGGAACCUAAGCCAUGGCGCUCAGUGGAUCCAUCCUCAUCCUCAAUUGUAGAUCUCGACACAUGCGGAGCCUAUGGGAGAUUUCCACCGCCCCGACCUGAAGACGUACCUGUAAUUGCUCAGGAAACAAUGAAUGCACACGAGGUUGUUCGAUCAGGUGUAACGAAAUUGAUGAAGAAGUACACGGUAAAGGCAUGUGGAUAUUGCUCAGAGGUCCAUGUAGGGCCAUGGGGUCACAACGCCAAACUCUGCGGAGAAUUCAAGCACCAGUGGAGAGACGGGAAGCACGGUUGGCAGGACGCCACGGUCGGUGAAGUUUUCCCACCGAAUUAUGUGUGGCAUGUUCAAGCCCCAAAGGGGCCUCCCUUGAGAGGUGCUUUAAAAAGAUAUUAUGGCAAGGCUCCUGCUGUGGUUGAAGUUUGCAUGCAAGCUGGAGCUCAAGUGCCUAAUAGAUAUAAGCCUAUGAUGAGGCUCGACAUUAUAGUCCCUGAAAGUGAGGAGGCCAGCUUAGUUGCUUAGUAAGUAGGAUUUUUCAGCUUUAUUCAUAAUCCAUUUUCGGUGCUUUGUAUCUUUUGAACUUCGUAUAAUUUGUUCAUAUUCUUAUUGUGAUGUUCCUAACCAAAGAUGAAGAAGCCAUAAUCGUUACUCUAUUUUAUAUCUUACUAAUAUUCUAAA